AUGCCCGACAAAGACGCCGGAACGCCCCGUGUUUUCCUUUACCGCCAUGGAGAGACCGAAUGGUCCAAAAGCGGCCGCUACACCGGCAUCAGCGAAAUCCAGCUGACUGACGACGGAGUGAAGCAAGUGUCCGCUUCCGGCAAGAUCCUUGUAGGAGCUGGUAAGCUUAUUGACACGGCUAAACUGGCUCGCGUGUAUGUGUCUCCGCGCCAAAGGGCAAAGCACACCUUUGACUUGGCCUUCGGGGAGGCCGAGAAGCAGGGUUUGAAGGAAGCUGGCAAGGUGGAGGAGACGGAGCGGCUGGCGGAGUGGGGUUAUGGCUUGUAUGAGGGGAUGCUGACCAAGGAGAUUCGCGCGCUGAGGAAGGAGCAUGGGCUUGACGGUGAGAGGGCGUGGGAUAUCUGGAGGGAUGGAUGUGAGGAGGGAGAAUCACCUGCGGAUGUUACGGCCCGGAUUGAUAGCCUGAUCGAAGAGAUCAGAGAUCUCCAUCGGGGAAACAUGCACGGAGAGGCACCUGCUGAUGUUGUUCUUAUUGCGCAUGGCCAUACGCUCCGUGCGUUUACCAAGCGCUGGUUGGGCUAUCCGAUGGAGUUUCCGUUGUCGAUGAUGCUGGAGCCUGGUGCUGUGGGAGUUCUUAGAUGGUAUGGUUCUAUGCUGGGGGGAGGCUACCGCCACACCAGCCAGCCCUUCUCCACACUGGUCUUCGCUUAUGCGACACCCUCAAACUACUUACUCUCCGCCUACCUGCUAGCCGGUGCGGCGGUAACGCCUCUUUUGUGUUAG